AUGUCUAGUCGAAACCAGGAAGCUCCCAAAAACAAAAAUACGAUGGCUGCUACCGACCUGGUUUCCAUCUACUGUGACCUGAGCGAGGAAAGCAAACUGUCGAUUCUGCUACCGGAAGGAUACGAGCCUUCCUACGGCGUAAAAUUACGUGUCCUUGGCGAAACUCACAUCCUGCUCGAUGCGAACGGUGUACUGCUGCAAGGAGUGCACCGAGCUACGGACAAAACGAUAGAAUUCCGCUGUCUCGAGCGGAAUGUUACGGAUUUUGACACCGAGGGCAAUUGGAUCUUUUGCAUAAAAUCAGACAGUAGUACGGUACAUCGUAGCCGGAAUGGGUCACUGGAAGAGUGGACCCAUCUGUUCCCUGACCGCGAAGGUUUUGUGCGAGUGUGCUGCAAUAAUAACGGUAUCCUUCUGCUCGCUGGCGACGGAAGGUUAUUCGUGCAAGGUGAUUUCGGUACGGUUUUUAACUGUGAUCAACUAACGCAGGUUCAUGAGGUAAAGCAAGAUAAUGUCCAGGAACUGGCGGCUGGCAUCGAUUUUGCGAUCGUAUCAUUGCAAAGACGCACCAAAGUGUACAGUUCCAUCAAGAAGGAUAUAUUAUUUGAUCAGUGUACGUUUGAUGAGAAAAAUUUCGCCAUCUACGGGGACUGGCAGAACAUAUUCGAACAUUUCAACAUUCAUCCAUAUCGUCGCCGGGAGUCAUACGAAGUUUCUGCUACGUUGGAAGAGCUGUCGAUCUAUGGGCAGAUGUUGCAUCAAACAGGAGUCGCUAGCUUUGGUAAGGUGAACAAAGGUCAACUUGGAACUGGUGACCACAUAAGGCGUGAUAAAAUUCAUCAGUUAAAUGUAUGCAACGUGUCGAAAAUAGCAUCCGGUUGCGAUUAUUCCUCCGCUCUGACUGUCGAUGGUCAGCUGUUCUUCUGGGGCGAUAUGAACAAAAAUCAAGCCAUCAGCUGGAAGCUAGAAAAUGCGGGCAAUACCAGCACUCCUACUGUUUGCACACGUUUCAAGCACGUGUUGGAUGUGUGCUGUGGAAAUUUUCAAACGUUCGUACUGACCAACGACCUCAAGCUGUACGAUGUUAAAUCUUCGUCGGACGAUGCAUGGUUGAGCUAUAAAAUAGCCACACCGGAAAUGCACCAAGGCAGUAAAAUUAACGAACACAUUCCAUUCAUGUUGGCGAGCGACAGUUUGCUGGUCGUAAAUCAUCUUCCCGUGAGGCAAGAUGUGCUGAAGCUGUACAACAAAGAGCAGACAACCCUACAAUCACUUUUAAAACACAUCAAAGAGAUGAAUUCAAAAAAUGGCGCUAAACAGAGAGGGCUCUCACAGGGUGCAGGAACCGAUUCGUCGUCGCUACUGUCGCCAAAGUAUUUCCACAGGCUGUGUACAACGUUGUUUUAUUUGCUUCUGCUCAGGAUGCAGUCUUUUCGCACAUUCCUGAUCCAUCAGGAUGUAAGCCGGUUGGUGUCCAUCGUACUGCACGACGAGAUCUAUCUGCUGUAUAGACGCAUGCUCCAAUGCUUCUGCGAUAACGAAUGCCUGAAUCUGAUGCGAUCAUGUGAUCAGGAAUUAUUGCAAAUCUAUCUCGACAACGUGCAGGUUCAGAUCGAUCUGGCGGAGCUUUUAAUAACGAGCGACCCCGGUAAAGCGCUGGAUGAGCCGACUGAAUCGGCAUUGCUCACUAUGAAAUCGGAAUGGUUACGAUUUCUCAACGAGGAGGUUAGUGAGAAGAUGGGCAAUCGGACGAAGCAAACCAAAGAGUUCUGGCAGCGGGAAGAGAACGUAAAAUGGCUAACGCUCAAGGAACCACACCGGCGCAUGAUACUAGACUCAAACGAUGUGCCGUUGAAGUUGUUGGAUGUGAACAUAUUUUCCUCCUCGCCACGCUUUGUACUAUUUAACGAUGUGUUCUGCUAUUUGUCCGGCCUACAAGUGGUGCAGUAUCCGCUGAAGCUCGCCUGGAUAACGACGGAGGUGAGCGAGAUGCAGCGAAGCCGAUACAAAGAGAAACACCGUUUCAUGAUCACGAUCGUCACGCCGGAAGAAACGCUUCGCUGCCACACACUCAAUGUGGACGAUAAAACGCGUUGGCUUCGGGUGUUGAAAGCACAGGUUCUGCAGUGUCUGGAUAAACAGACGCAUGACAAACAGCCCUUGUACCGGUAUUCGAAAUACACGUACAGUGAUCGUUACGAACGGCAUGCUGGAUCGCGGUACGAAGGGAUGUGGCUGAUCGGGCAGAUGGAUGGGAUAGGCUCGCUGGCCAGCACUGAUCGAUCGUACAGUGGCGAGUUUUAUCAUGGCAAUAUAACGGGUUAUGGGUGCAUGAAUCGGUCCGUGUUUGGAAUCUCGACUAUUUAUGAAGGUGAUUUUGUAAACGGCAAAUAUGAUGGCUACGGAUUUUUAAAAACUACAAGCAAUCGUUCCACGCACUACUUCCGCUAUCAGGGUUACUUCAAGGCAGACAAAUACAACGGGUUUGGAACGCUUACGACUAGUGCAUACCAGUACAAUGGAGACUUUGUAAACGAUCAAAAGGAAGGAUUCGGUGUGAUUGAAGACAGUCUGAACGGGGUAAAGUAUAUCGGCAUGUUUAUGGGCGAUAAGAAGCACGGUAAUGGAAUACUCGUGACCACGAACGGGACAUACUAUGCGGGUUUUUUCGCAAACGACAUACUCACACAUUCCGCCGGUGGAUUGGCCAUUUUUCCAAGUGGAAUCUACUACAAGGGUGAACUUACGAUCGAUGGUCCGUUCGGGAAGGGAAUGUUUUACUAUCCGGAGCGCGAAAUAGAUUCGGAGCAGUUUGAGCUGGACGAUUCCAACACUAAAAUGGCGGGCCAUACAAUGACGGGUAUCUUUGGAGGGACGUGGACCGGCGUGAGGAUCAGUAAUGCUACAAUGGCGAUGGUACAGACCUUCAAUAAAGUUCCGAUGCUGGAUCUGAAAAUCAACGCAGAACGGAAAUGGUCGUCAAUAUUUUCCUGCUUUCAUGAAACGCUGUUCGGCACGAGCGAUAUCGUCGCGAUCAGACGUAUGGACAUCAGGAAGGUUUGGAACCGGGUAGCUAUAUUUGUGAGCCGUGCGAAACGAAAAGAGCACCUGAAGGCGAACAAUUUUGCCGUUGUAAGCUCGAGUGAGCUGGACGAUCGAGCGGCGGCACUAAUUUGUCAAUCUGGCUAUCAGCUGCAGAGCGCAUCAACCGUAUCAUUACGCUCGAGUCUUUCCGACUCUAGGCUUUCGCUUCAUAACGGGUUCCCUUCGUCUCCGGCAGCACCAUCCCCAUCAACGGUAGCGCCGGAUGCAAUAUCGGUGCAAAGUUUCUCGUCCGUAGCUUCCCGCGGUGACGAGGACGAAUUCAUGCUCAUUCCCACUGGGUAUGGUGGACGGACGAGAAACUCGUCCCCGUUCCGUGAUCUUGAUUUUAUUCCCAACUUUUGCAUCACAUCUGUCGACCGCGAAGGGUUGGAGCAGCUGCGCAACUACAUCACCGAUGCCUUCCAGAGUGUGUACCACCCGUUGCAUGGGUUGUUUGAGAAGCUGUCCAACUGUUUCUACUCGACGUACAGCUGCUGGAAGUACACGCCUCACUCCAUACUGUGCGAACCUGCCAUGAACGAGUGGAUCUCGAUUGUUAGCCGUAUCUAUACGUUGGUGCUUACCGUAAUGUUUCCCGCACUGCCGAAAGAUUCUAUUAUGAUAGAAGAUGAACUCGUAUCCUACCAAAGCCUUCUGUAUCCUAUACUUAUGACGCAAGGGAUAUAUUCAGCGCUGUUCGUGCUGUAUGCAAGCAAAUGUAGUAAAAAUGAUGAAAUCUACCGUCAACGGAUAUUAAUAUGUAUGAAAAAGACUGAUGAAAAUUUGGUUCAGCUUCUUGACAUUAAUCGCGAACUAGUACCUAUCAUCAAGCACGAAAAAUAUCAGCAAGCAAUUGAAAGUUUAAAUCGAUUCCGGGAGAAGUGUUGUCCGAGCGAAAUGAUAAAGCAUAUCAACGAAGCGUUUACGCUUGUCGACCAGGCGUGUAAAGAGCAAGAAGUUCGGAUGGAUGUGGCCGCAGAUAAUCUGCUGGAGCUGAUCAUAUGGCUCAUAAUCAAGGCAAACCUUCCGCAGCUUGGCGCUGAAAUAAGUCUACUCGAGGACCUGAUGCAGAACGACUACGGUAUUAGCUAUCGAAACACGCAGAACGACUAUUGCCUGAUCACGCUGAAGGCGUCCUAUCAACACAUAAUUAGUAAUAACUUCUUCGUCAACAAAACAUUCGAUCCGACCGUUACUGGGACCUAA